UGUGUGUUUUUUCCUAUGUACACUGGAGGGUCUCUCAUCCCUUGGGUUUUUGUAACUUCCCUUAUUGAUAUUUUGGUGUUAGCUUGCAUAUUUGAAUCAGAGGACUGUCUUUCUAUUGUGUCUAUAAAGAUUCAAACUGUUGGCAAUCAUAGUACAUUGAAAUUACCUUUUGCAAGAGUUGGAGGACCUAUCCAGGUAAAAGCGGAAAGAUCAAAGAUGGAGCUCUCUAUAACUCGACCUGAUGAUUGGCAUCUUCACCUCCGGGACGGUGACCUUCUUGAAGCUGUGGUCUCACACAGUGCAAAACACUUUGGAAGGGGAAUUGUGAUGCCAAAUUUGAAACCUCCCGUCACCACCACAGCUGCUGCUUUGGCUUAUCGAGAAUCGAUAUUGAAAGCACUGCCUGCCAAUAGUGACUUCACUCCUCUAAUGACACUUUAUUUGACAGAUACAACGAGUCCAGCUGAGAUCAAACUUGCUAAGAAAAUGGUGGUUGCUGUGACAGGAGAGAGUGGGGUUAUUUUUGCUGUAAAGCUGUACCCUGCUGGGGCUACAACAAAUUCUCAAGAUGGUGUUACAGAUCUUUUCGGCAAGUGCUUACCUGUGCUUGAGGAGAUGGUUGAGCAUAAUAUACCUCUGCUGGUUCAUGGGGAGGUUACGGAUCCCGGGAUUGACAUAUUCGAUCGUGAAAAAGUAUUUAUUGACACUGUUUUAAGACCUUUGAUCCAGAAGCUUCCACAACUGAAGGUUGUGAUGGAGCAUGUUACCACAAUGGAUGCUGUGACUUUUGUUGAAUCUUGCAGCGAAGGAUCUGUUGCAGCUACUGUCACACCACAGCAUCUUCUUCUGAAUAGGAAUUCUAUAUUCCAAGGAGGACUUCAGCCACAUAAUUAUUGCCUUCCAGUACUAAAAAGAGAGAUACAUAGACAGGCUAUUGUGUCAGCUGUGACAAGUGGAAGUAAAAGAUUUUUUCUCGGAACCGAUAGUGCUCCUCACGAGAGACGAAAAAAAGAAUGCCCUUGUGGAUGUGCUGGCAUAUAUAAUGCUCCUGUUGCCCUGUCACUUUAUGCCAAGGUUUUCGAAGAGGCUGGUGCAAUUGACAAGCUAGAGGCAUUUUCAAGCUUCAAUGGACCAGAUUUCUAUGGACUACCAAGAAACACGUCAAAAAUCAAAUUGAGCAAGAACUCAUGGAAGGUGCCAGAAUCAUACUCAUUUGCAUUUGGGGAUAUCGUUCCAAUGUAUGCAGGUGAAACCCUCGAUUGGCUGCCAUCCAGUGUUUGAUCUGCGUACCUUGAAACCGAGAAGAUGCUUGUGCCUUGUUCUUUGUUGAUCAUUCAACUCAUAGUAUAAGGUACUGAAUUUAUUUGAUGCUGUUAGAUUAGAAGCAUAAGUAAUAUAACCUCCAGUAGUGAUAUGGGAGCCUGAUUUAAGGAGGAAAUAAAUUUCAUGAUCUAAAAUGCAAACUAACAAGAAAACGGAUCUCCUUAGGUGUACCUCUGUAGGUUCUGGUUCUGAACUACGCGGAGUAUUGGGGUUGGGAUGACAGUGAAUAUAAAAUGGCAAUCUUAUUAGACCUCAUUUCAUACCCUUAUAAGCAUUGUGUUCUUAAGUUAAAUUCUGAUUGGCUGAAGACUGAAAGCAAGCAUCAAUAACAUGUAUCUUCAAGAUUUUAGUAGCUAAUUGAAGUGUUCUUGUCCGUCAAUCUCUUGCAUUCUUGUAUGGGAUGAUCAUGGCCGUAUAACAAAUCAUCUAUUACUGGCAUAUUUAAUUCAUAUACAAUAGAUGAAACUGUUUCAUUUA